GGGCCUACGCAGCCUCCCUCGGGUCGGCCUUCCAUGGGGCAUUCUGAGCGUCCUGGGAACCAUGGAAACAGGCCACACCCCUGCGAUUUCGGCCCGAGGCUAGGCAAUGCGCAGGCGCAGGCGCCCUUCCGCGCAUGAGCAGUGUUGCCCUAAGUCCUCCAGCCACGGUCUCGGGCGCCAGCUCCGCGGCUGCCGCUGUCACUAUGGCCCAUUACAAAGCCGCAGACUCGAAGCGCGAGCAGUUCCGGAGGUAUUUGGAGAAGUCGGGGGUGCUGGACACGCUGACCAAGGUGUUGGUAGCCUUAUACGAAGAACCAGAGAAACCUAAUAGUGCUUUGGAUUUUUUAAAGCAUCACUUAGGAGCUGCUACCCCAGAAAAUCCAGAAAUAGAGCUGCUUCGUCUAGAAUUGGCAGAAAUGAAAGAGAAAUAUGAAGCUAUUGUAGAAGAAAACAAAAAACUGAAAACAAAGCUUGCUCAGUAUGAACCACCUCAGGAGGAGAAGCGUGCUGAAUAGAAUUCUUCUCAAUUGAAAAGACAAUGAAAAAUGGUUUUGUAUGACUUGAAUAGUUUGUAUAGUGUAUAAUCUUUUCUGAACAGAUGCUAUAGAACUCUUUUAAUAUGUUAAAAAAAAUCACCUAUCACACUUUAACUGUUCAAACACAUAUUUAGAAUCACCAAUAAAAACUCAAUAUAACUUUCUUUGGGUCUUAAAAGCAGAAGAAUCCAAAGUGAAUCCUGAAAAAAAUAAUCUAAACAGCUACUUAAUAGAUCACCCUAAAGACAUUCUGUUUAUCAGUACGAUGAAGAAUGAUGGUUCUGGUAAUAUUUUAGCCAGAUUAGUUUAGGAUACAAGCACAGGUAUAAUCAUUUUCGGAAGGAAAGUGACCCUGUGUUUCUACUCUGUAGGCAGCUGGACAGAUGUAUGUGAGAUAAGAUGCUUCUGCAGGGGUUCCUACAAACCUUCUGCUCGUUUAUAUAACAGAACAAAUCUCUCCUCUUUUCCACCACUUGCCUUAGACAACUGUGUGUGUGUGCCAGUGUGAACUCUGACACCACUCUUUCCUUCUAUGCAAUCAUGCCCUACUUGAUAAUGUCGCCUUGCUUUACGCUGUGUCAGUGGGUCCGAAUUGCACAUUGGCCUUUGUUACUUUUCAAUUUGCUAUAAUUGUAGUUAUCCUGAUUGUCAUUUAUAUAACUUUAAACAGGAUCGUACUCUUCCCCUGCCUUACUUAGUCGCUUAGUUGAGCACAGAACAGAGGCAAUAUAAGACUCUGGAUUCAUGCACAAGCUGGAAGGAGAAGGGCAUCGAGCCAGAUAUCAUGGGAAACUAUAGUUUGUGGAUAUAAUAAAAUAGUGCUUUUCCCCCUCAAAGUAUUUUUCUAGCCUUGGAUUCAUUUGAUCUUCAUUAACCCUGUGAAGUAGGUAGGGCAAGUAUAAGGGGAGGUUGUGUGCUGAAUUUUUACGCCAAAGACUGAUAUUAAUACUUUUUUUUCCUUAUUAACUGUAGAAUCUUGGGCACACCAGUCAGCUGCACUGAGACUCAUUUUCCCAUCUGUUAAAUGAGAAGGUACUAUCCGUGCUGCCUACCUCACAGGGUUGUUGUGAGGUCACAUGAGAAUGUAUAUGAAAGAUUUGUAAAUGGUAAAGCACUAUAUUCUUGUUCGUUA